AUGGCUUCACCUACACCCUCCCAGAGUGACACGACAACCACAGCGUCAACCACAUCCAACUCCUCGGACAGCGAGAUGGGCGAGACAACAGGGCCCAAUACUCGAUGCUCCAUCUGUCAUGAAACCUUUACCAUCCCUAAGGUGCUAAGCUGCUUUCACACAUUCUGUCAGCCCUGUCUGGAGAAACAACAGGAGGUUGCAGACAAGGUCAGCUGCUCAGAGUGUCACCAAGACACUUUCCUUGGUGGUCAGGGACUGACCGGUCUCCUGCCAGACUACGCAGUCAGCAAUUUGUUAGAAACAAAUGCCCUGGACACAAGUGCCUUACACUGCACAGGCUGCAAGAGCAAGGAUCUGAAUGCUGUGGCCCGUUGUUUUGACUGUGCUAAUUUCCUUUGUGCUAACUGUGUGAUGGCUCACCAGUUCAUGCAUUGUUUCGAGGGCCACCGAGUGGCAAGUCUGAGCGAGUUGCAGGGGAACAAAGAAGACAGCGGGAACAAGACAGAGAAACCUAUCUACUGUCCACGACACAAGACAGAUGUACUCAAGUUCUAUUGUAAGACCUGUUCCCAGCCCAUCUGUAAGGAGUGCACUGUGUUUGACCAUGGACGUGGUCACGACUGCCAGUUCAUCAUGGACAUCGGCGAGAGGCAGAUGGAUCAUUUAAGAAACCUUGAUGAGGACGCAAAGGGCAAAAUUAAUGAGUUGAGGACAUCAGCAAAGGGAAUCGAACACAUGUCCAGCAGGUUACAAGUCCAAUACCACAAGGCGCAGAAUGACAUAAAUGAUACUUAUAACUUUUAUCGUGCGAUGAUUGAAGAGCGCAAGCAAGAAUGUCUGAAGGAGCUUGAUCAGGUGUUUAACACCAAACAGGUAUCAAUCAGUACACUAGCCCAGAAGAUCCAGGAGAACAUAGAUAGGCUCUACCAGGGAUGUGAGUUUGUUGACAAAGUCCUCAAAUUUGCCAGCAUCACUGAGGCAUUGCUGUUCAAAAAUCUGGUGGAACAGAGAUUCCAAAACAUGUUUAACUUCAGCCCUGACAUGGAUAAUCAGGCCUACUUUGAUAUGGAGUUUGUGUCCAACUUCCAGGCUAUCACCACCGGUGUUCGUAACACAUUCGGGUACAUCCGUGAGGGUGAAGACAUGGUUGCUCCAGUUCAGAAACAACAGCCAAUUGCUCGACCAAAUGGCAUUGUCACCCAGACUCCAGCUCUCACUAAUGGCCACAUCUUUGAACCGCCACCGCUGACUAAGAACGAGUUUGGUUCCUCAAACAGUCUGAUCUUCCCUCAGUCAGACACAAGUAUGUACGAGAAAUGGUCUGUUGGUCUGGACAUCUUUCAGAAUGGUGUUGAUGUUUUCUCUACAAGCAGCGACCCUCUCUUUGACUUGACAUCCAAGAUGAAUUUGACAAGUUUGUAUCCUCCAAAGUCCCAGAUCAAACGCCAGAAGAUGAUCUAUCACUGUAAGUUUGGUGAAUUCGGUGUCAUGGAGGGUCAGUUCACAGAGCCCAGCGGCGUCUCUGUCAAUGCUCAAAAUGAUAUCAUUGUAGCAGACACCAACAAUCAUCGCAUUCAGAUCUUCGACAAGGAGGGGCGGUUCAAAUUCCAAUUUGGUGAAUGUGGAAAGAGGGAUGGGCAACUGCUGUACCCAAACCGAGUUGCUGUGGUCCAAUCGUCUGGUGACAUCAUUGUCACGGAGAGAAGUCCAACCCACCAGAUCCAGAUCUACAACCAGUAUGGGCAGUUUGUCCGGAAAUUUGGUGCCAAUAUCCUGCAGCACCCCAGAGGAGUCACAGUAGAUAACAAAGGUCGCAUUGUUAUUGUUGAAUGCAAGGUGAUGCGAGUGAUCAUCUUUGAUCAGUAUGGAAAUGUCUUACACAAAUUUGGCUGCUCAAAACACUUGGAAUUUCCCAAUGGCGUAGUCGUUAACGAUAAGGAAGAGAUCUUCAUCAGCGACAAUCGUGCACAUUGUGUUAAGGUCUUCAACUACCAGGGAGUGUUCCUGCGACAGAUAGGUGGGGAGGGCAUCACAAACUACCCAAUCGGCGUUGGUAUUAACAGUCAAGGUGACAUUCUCGUAGCAGACAAUCACAACAACUUCAACCUGACCAUCUUCACCCAGGAGGGUCAGCUGAUCAAUGCCCUGGAAAGCAAGGUGAAGCAUGCUCAAUGCUUUGAUGUAGCCCUCAUGGAUGAUGGAUCGGUGGUGUUGGCCAGUAAGGACUAUCGCCUGUACAUCUAUCGGUACUCACAGAUUCCAGGUAUGGGCAUGUGA